AUGCCACACUUCGCCGCAAAGAACUACCCGCCCGAGGAAAUCACCUAUCUCGCUCUCUUGAAAGAACUGGAUGGUUGCACCAGCAGGGACGUGCCAAAAUUGGAUCUCCUCGCUAUAGUUAAUGGAUCCAAGAACAGAUAUGUCAAGGCUCUCAUCAGAAAACACGGCCUUAAAAACGUUAGAAGCGUCGCCCGUAGGUUGCUGGAAGAAAAGGUAUUCAAGAAGAGGGCAGUGGCAGAGAAGAAGUUCUCGCACACAGUCUACUUCACCGAUUGCGAGGAAGACUGGGAAAAGGCCCUAUCCGAAGAUACUCUUAACCUUGUAGCGGGCGGGAGGCGGCCACGACCAAAGGGGCUUGGAGACGUGGAGGAGAGACCUGACAUUUGGCCUCACAACUACACCGAAAGUAAAUGGCGGAAUGAACCUCUGCUCAAUGUACUCGCCGGAGUUUGCUGUAGGAAGAAAUGGAAGAACCGACCCAUUCCGCUUGACGAUAACGAGAACCCUUUGCAUCCGCAUCCCGUGGCGUUGCCAAUGAGGAACCAGCACCCUCUCCUAGGCAACCUGGUACAACUGCUGGAGGUCUCCUGUUACAAAUUUGCCGUGGUUCGCGCACCCGAGAUUUUGGCAGCGAGGAACACCAUUGACCCCGAGGAGUGCGAGCUGACAGGAUGGACGACCGAUUUCUCACAUAAGAAGACAUUCCGGUGCGAAGACAAGGCUGUCUUUGCGCAUCGUGAAGCCGUGCUCGCUAAUGUGGCGAGAAUGAGACACGAUACGGUGCACCGGAGGCGAGUCGGCGCUGAUACGAUAGCCGGAUACUUCCGCAGCGCCGAAGAGCUGACGAUGCUCAUGGGGGACACGGAAGCGCGGGACACCAUUUCCAAGAUGUGGCAGGCGAUAGGAAAGGAGGUGAAAGCCCUAAUGCAUGCCACGAUGGCCAAGUUUCAAGCACAUACGAAAGCCAUGGACCCAAUCAGGCUUAAGCAAGAAGCCCUUGAUGCUCGACAGUCAGCGGAUUUGACUUACACGCAAAGGGAAGCCAUGAAUGCUGAGAGAAAGCAAUUGCUAGCUGCAGAGGAGGUAAUCGCAAAGCAGGCCAAGCAAGACUACCGCGGGCUGAGCGACGCUGCCGGAAGGGCUGUCGAGAGAGCCUUAGCCGAGCACGGAAUCAUCUUGGGCACUCUUGGUGUCUCGUUCUCGCCACCAAACGUCCCCACCAACGUCGAGGGCCCUCGUGAAGGUGAGAUGGUGGAUAUAGGGGGUGACGCCGCAGAAAUUGCUGUCUUUCGACCGCAGAAAAAGGGACGGGUCGUCGGCGACUCGCCCAGAGAAGCAGAGGACGAUGACGACGGCGAUGACGAGGGAGAUGAUGAAGGCGAGAGUUCAGAUGUCCAGCCUUCUGAAAACACGGCAGACGUCAAAGGCGAACACAACGAGCAAAACCCUCGCAACAAGAAAAUACAGAUGUCCGAGCAACAGCAAGAUAUUGAUGAAGGAGGAACACCACUGAGAAGACAGGGAGAGGCGCCGCCGAGUGCAAAGGUAAGGUUGAUUUUGAAAAGGGAGCCGACGUCUGUGCAGCAGGGAACAAAUACAGGUUGUGAAGCAGGACUGGGAGGCGUCCCUGUCAAGAGAGAUGCGAUUUUGUAUAGCAGGAAAGUGCAGCCUGCCCCCAAGGAGGAGCAGAAAGCUUAUCCUGCCGAUGGGUCGCAGAAUCGAGGAAGCUCCCCCGUGAGGAGGAAAGGGAGAGGCUUCCGCUCCAAGAAGAAGCGGGCUCCUUUCGAGGUCCAGGGGAUUCCGGGCCUCAGCUACGUCAACUAG